GCUGCGGAGAAUACGGAGUACCGCUUUUUAUGCUGUCACAUUGCGCGACUGGAUACAGUACAAGAGCGCGUUUUGCUUUAAUCUACUCCAAGUAUAGUUGGACUUUACUCUUGUCUGUGGGAAAUACAAAAAUAAGAAUGGUGUGGAAAAAGAAAUGUGGCUUUAAGGUGAGUGGGACGUCGCAAGGCAGAACCAGCAAUGACUGCCAACAAGAGUGCCAAGACAGCACCCCAGGAUGGAGGGGGUAAAGUGCCGCGCAACAUCCUGGGCAGGUGUCAGUCCGCAUCUCCGCCCCCCAUCCUCCCCGAACUGAAGGAGCCGGUUCAGCCCCGGAGUGACAGCACUGAGAGCAGCUCGCCGGGCAGCCCCCUCAAGGCGGCCGACGGCCGGGCCUCUAGCCUGCGUGCCUGGGCCGGCAAGACCAUUCGCCUGCACAGCAGCUCCACCCUCAGCACUCAGGAGCAACAUCUGAAGGCUAAGAGCGCCUGUGCUCCGGUGGGUGAAGGAAGCGGCGGCCAGGAGCAGAAGGACAACAAGCAGGAGGGCGGCCGGGGUGGGGCAGAGCUGAGCAGCGGCUCGGUGAGCCGCAGCAGCCUGUCUUACAGGCCGCCCUCGGCUCACGUCCACCACCAGCGCAGCCUGUCACUGGGUCGCUCUGUCACUGGCCUUCACUCUGCUGGUAUUCGUAGUAAAACUGCAGUAUGGGAGCAUCAGGUGGUAGUGCUUCCUAGGAUGAGCCUGUGCCUGGAGAAGCGGCAGCUGGGCGAGCAGGAGGGGCCGGGGGAGGCAUGUCCAUCCACCCUGUCCUCCUCCUGCAGCAAUAAGACUUUCGACUUCAAAAGCCUGCGGAGGAUGUCCACUCCCUUCUCUGGGUGCUCGUACGCAGAGACGAAGGAGGAUGAGGCCGCCGCUCCGGAGCCGGGCUGCCUCAGCUACUUCGAGAAGAGGUCCAGCAAGGCUGAGGCCUCGGGGGUCCCUCUGCGCUCCCUUACCAGCCGCAGGGAGUCCUCAGCCGUGCUCAGCCGCAUACAGAAGAUCGAGCAGGCGCUGAAGGAGAACCCUCCAAGGGCCCCACCGCAGUACCCCAGCAGCUGCUACACCUCCGACAGGGUGCGCCAUAGAUCCUUCACAAUAGGCGGGCCUGAGAACGCGGAAACCACACGCUUUAGCAAACGGGCUAGCGUCAGCUCGGUGACAGCAGAGCCGGACUCCGCACCUGGGCCCGACAGGCUGGCACAGCCCAAGCAAGAACCCAGCCCUGACGUGGCCCGUACUGGGGGCACUGACAUGCCCUCUGCCAAGAUACAGGAAAGCAUGUCGGUUAACCCUGUGCCGAAACCCAAGCGCACCUUUGAGUAUGAGGCUAACCGGAGUCAUAGCACCAUGCUAUCAACCAAUGGUCUGCCCCCCAGCAGCUGUGCUAAGACUCCGCCCCCUCUUUCCUCCACCCCGUCACCCUGCAGCGCUCAAGGCAUAGAUGGCAGCCACAACAGGAGGGCCCUAGACAGAGAGUCUUGCGAAUCAGAGGACACAGGCAGCCUCCUGUCCUCAUACCCCUCCUCACCCACGGAGAACGGCACCACCUGCCCGGACACCUGUAGCCGAUCCGGUUUCAAGAGCGCCUCGGAGGAGAACGCCUACGAGGACAUCGUAGAGUCUCACAAAGAAAACCCCUAUGAGGAUGUGGACCUGAAGGGCCGAGCGGCUGGCCGAAAGUCAAGGCUGCUGCCGGAGAGGUGCUGGGACCCUCUCAGCAGGACGUGGACCUCACAGGACAGCACAUUCUGUGCACCUCCUCAGCUGCCCUCCAAGCCCAGCAGCCAAUCCCUGCACCUCCCGGGUCCUGCGGACAGGAAGUGCCACCGUCCCUCUCGCCUGUCCAAGCGGCACAGCCACGACGACGGGUUGCUCCUGCCUCGCCUCAGCUUGUCAUCAUCCUCCUGUGUCCUGCUGGACGACGGGUUGAGCGGCACCAGUGACACACUGUCAUCACGUCGGUCCAGGAGGGUACCCAAGCUGGUGCAGAGAAUAAAUUCCAUCUACUGCAGUAAAAGAGGAAAGAAGAGGUUAAAAAGGUUCUCCUUGUCCAGCAUGGAGAUGUCGUCUUUGAGAGACGAUAACAGCGAGAGUGAGAGUGAUUCUGAUGACCGGUUCAAAGCACAUGCGCAGCGCUUGCAGAAACUGCAGUCCUUGCUGCGUCGGGCUCCCAGCUACCGCACCCUGGAGCUGCAGCUUAUCGAGUGGCAGGAGCGCGAGCUCUUUGAGUACUUUGUGGUGGUGUCCCUGAAGAAGAAGCCCACCAAGAACUCCUACUGCCCGGAGGUCACCUACCAGUUCCCCAAGCUGGAGAGGCCCAGCAAGCAGAUAAGGGAGGCAGAGCAGAGACUCAAGGCCAUCCCCCAGUUCUGCUUCCCAGACGCCAAGGACUGGAGUCCAGUUUCCCAAUACAGCAGUGAGACCUUUUCCUUCAUGCUGACUGGAGAAGAUGGCAGCAGAAGAUUUGGAUACUGCAGACGCUUACUGCCCAGUGGGAAGGGCCCUCGCCUACCUGAAGUGUACUGCGUCAUCAGCCGGCUGGGCUGUUUCGACUUGUUUUCCAAGAUUCUGGACGAGGUGGAGAGGCGCAGGGGCAUCUCCGCUGCCCUCGUGUACCCCUUCAUGCGGAGCUUAAUGGAGUCUCCCUUUCCUGCCCCUGGAAAGACCAUCAAGGUGAAGACUUUCUUGCCUGGAUCUGGGAACGAGGUGAUAGAGCUGCGAAGGCCUUUGGACUCUCGACUGGAGCACGUUAACCUGGAGAUCCUUUUCAGCUGCCUGAGUGUGCGACAGGUGCUGGGGGUCUUUGCCUCGCUGCUGCUGGAGCGUCGGGUCAUUUUUAUCGCUGACAAGCUCAGCACGCUGUCCAGCUGUGUGCACGCGGUGGCAGCUCUCCUUUACCCCUUCUCCUGGCAGCACACCUUCAUCCCCGUGCUGCCCUCCUCCAUGGUGGACAUCGUGUGCUGCCCCACGCCCUUCCUGGUUGGCCUGCUGUCCAGUUCGCUGCCCAAGCUGAAGGGGCUCCCCGUCGAGGAGGCACUGAUGGUGGACUUGGGAACAGACCGUUUUAUUCGACAGAUGGAUGAUGAGGCCGUACUCUUACCACGGAAACUUCAGUCUGCUUUGGAGCAGGCCCUAGAGCAGAGGAAUGACAUCAUCAAUCAGGACUCGGACAGCGAAUCGGAUGAAGAGUGUAACUCCCUGAGCAGUGUGGUCUCCGAGGCCUUUAUCCGCUUUUUCCUGGAGACCAUUGGCCACUACUCGCUGUUCCUGACCCAGAAUGAGCGGGGUGACCGCGUCUUCCAGAGGGAUGCCUUCCGCAAGUCUGUGGCUUCCAAGAGUGUCCGUCGCUUCUUGGGUGUGUUUAUGGAGUCCCAGAUGUUUGCUGGGUUCAUCCAGGACCGGGAGCUGCGGAAGAGCAGGGCCAAAGGUCUCUUUGAAGAAAGGGUGGAGCAGUACCUCGAGGAGUUACCUGACACAGAACAGAGUGCAGUCAACAAGUUCCUCAGAGGACUGGGAAGUAAAAUGAAGUUCCUUCACAAGAAGAGUUAAAGAAGUCAUCGUACUUUGAGCUGUAACCAUAUGCUGAAUAAUGUCGAUCUUGCUUUGUACAAACUCAUUGGCAGAACAUGCACUCUUUAUGGAACCCAUAACUGAUUCUGUACAUGUUGUUGUACUUCUGAAAAAGAGCCAUUGUAAAGGACCGUGAUUCAGCAGAAUGUCCAUCUGUUAAUAAACUGUACCCAUUACAUGUCUAUUUGCAGAGAAGCAUGACUGAAGAAUGCUAUUGGAGAAUACUAGAAGAACAAAAGUAAACCAUUAAGUUCUUGAAUUAUGAUGAAGAGAAUGUAACUAACUUUGAAUACUGUUUUUUUUAUUUUUCAUGUUUCUCAUAAUUGAUAUAGGUACUUUAAAUGAAUAAGUCCCAUGCACUACAAAGCCCAGAAGGCUUAUAAAUACAUAAAUGUACACAGAGAAAAUACUUAUCUGGCACCUGUGAUUACUUUGGCCAAAGUAAAUAAACUGCAAAGCCGAA